GACUCUAACCACACCAGCACAUCCAACCUGUCCCUGUUUUGUUUUUACUCCGUUUUCUGUGCUUUUUUCUGGCUUCAAAGCUAAGUUAAUAUGUGUUGAUUAAGUUAGUCUGAAUGUGUGGAGAGUUUUAGUGGAUUUCGGUAACUUUUAGGUGAGUUUAGGCAUUACAAACUGCUUUAAAGUCCAUUGAAGAUGUCCUCAGUUGUGGCCCAGCCUUUGUUCAGCUUCGGGCUGCGGACAGGAGUGAGGAACAGCGUGAGUUUCUGUGAUGAAAACACCGUGGUGUUCCCCUGCGGAAACACCUGUGUGUGCUACAACACCUCCAGGAGGUCUCAGAGGUUCAUCCCAGGCUCAGAGAAGAGUCAGGGUAUGCACGCUCUGGCCAUCAGUCCUAACAGGAGGUACCUGGCGGUGUCAGAGUGCGGAGAGAGAGCCUCCAUCACCGUGUUCGACCUGCAGCACGAGCAGGGCCGGAAGAGGAAGGUCCUGACGGCAGGAGAGUCGUCCGCUGAAGAGUUCGUCUGCAUGGCUUUCUCUCACGAUUCAAAGUAUCUGAUCGGACAGACGGGAGGCCCUGAUUGGACGCUGAUCUUCUGGCUUUGGGAGAAACAGAAGGUUCUGGCAACAGUGAAGACCAGUACGUCCCAUAAUCCUGUUUCCCAGGUCAGCUUCAACCCUCACAACAACACGCAGCUGUGUGUGAGUGGAGGUGGUGUGUUGAAGCUGUUUCGUUACUCAGAAGGAACCCUGAAGCAGAGCAGCUCCCCCAAAGUGGAGUCCAUCUUCUUCCUGUGUCACAGCUGGGUGACGGAGGAGAGAGUGAUCGCCGGGACAGACUCAGGACGCCUGCUGGUGUUCGAGUCUGGAGAUCUGAGGAGAGAGAUCAAUACAUCGGGGCAGGAAACAGACAGGUCGGAGGUGUCAAAACUACAACUCCCAGGAUGCACCAGGGCAGAUCUGAGUGUUGGUGAAAGGCAGAACCAGAGAUGUUGUUCGGACUCUCAACACGACCGAUGUUCCCCGACAGGAAGAGCUGUGACGACCCCGGAUAAAAGUAAGACAUGUUUACCAUCAGAGGUAGGACUAUGGAAGAGCCACUCCAAACAUAAACCAGAGGAAAGCUGCGUCGCUGCUCUCCAAACACAAGAAGCCCAGCACGGUUUGAGCAACAGCAACCUGAAGAGUCUGCAGAACAUCAUCCAGGAGAUCGAGCUGCUGCGAGGAUCCAGAGAGCGACAUGCAGAGGAGGCCAUGUUGAGUAACGGGAGACUGGAGCAGGAGCUGUGGAGCUCUAGAGAGACUGUGGCUGCUCUGGAGGACUGCAACCGAACCCUAAAGAGGGAGCAGGUGGGCAUGAGGAGGAAGGUGGAGGAGGCCAGGCAGGCGUUGCUCAACGGUCUGGGGAAGGUGAAGGAACUGGAGGCCAAAGCCAAUCAUGUUCCAGUUCUGCAGAGACACAUCCUGCAGCUGGAGUCAGAGCUCCUCGACUACAG